AGGCGGCGGCGGCGAGCGUGGCCCACGCCGCCCGGAAGGAGGCGUGGACAUGGAGCGGGUGGCUGCUUCCUAGCCCCGCGCUCUUGCCGCUGCCUAGGGCGCCCCGGAGCCUCCGUGGGGGCGCGCCCGCUGCGGCUCCGGGGACCCGUGGGGCCUGGCGAGGCCGGCGCUGCGUGGAUGGCUGUGCUUCCGCGGCCCGUGCUCGCUCUUCUGCUCCUCCUCCUGGCGGCCGCUCUCAGGGGCCAGGAGGAGGCCCAGACCACUGACUGGAGGGCCACCCUUAAGACCAUCCGGAACGGCGUUCACAAGAUAGACACGUACCUGAACGCCGCCUUGGACCUCCUUGGAGGAGAGGACGGGCUCUGCCAGUACAAGUGCAGUGACGGAUCUAAGCCUUUCCCACGUUAUGGUUAUAAACCCUCCCCACCGAAUGGAUGUGGUUCUCCGCUGUUUGGUGUCCACCUUAACAUUGGCAUCCCCUCCCUGACCAAGUGCUGCAACCAACAUGAUAGGUGCUACGAGACCUGUGGCAAAAGCAAGAAUGACUGUGAUGAGGAGUUCCAGUAUUGCCUCUCCAAGAUCUGCCGAGAUGUGCAGAAAACACUAGGGCUAGCUCAGCAUGUUCAGGCAUGUGAAACAGCAGUGGAGCUCUUGUUUGAUAGCGUUAUACAUUUAGGCUGUAAACCAUACCUGGACAGCCAAAGAGCUGCAUGCAGGUGUCGCUAUGAAGAAAAAACUGAUCUCUGAAGAAGACACUGACAGCUGGGAAGAGCAGAUGAGGACAGGAAACCAUAACCUUGGAGAAAGAACUAAUGUUUUUACAGCAUAAAGCUGCCUUGUUUUGUGAAAGGAUUAUUUUAAGAACUUACAAGACUUUAUGUUUUGACAUUAAAACCUCAAGCUAAAAAAAAAGAAGUGGGAGAGUGAAAGGAAUGUCAUGCCUUCCCUCUGAGGUAUCUUCCUGGUGACACUGCCUUAGUAUGCCAGAUUGUCUCGACGCAUCCCAAAGGACAUGUGUGUUAAGAGGAGAGACUUUUUGAAAAAGAGUCUGCAACUCAGUCUGCAACUAUUUACAAGAAAGGAGGUCAAAUGUAAAAGUCUAUUAUAAGAUAUGUUCAACAUUAUCAACAUUAUAUUAUUUAGAAAUAUGGGAAAAUCCUCCCUUUGAUAUUUGUUUAAUGUGAAAUUUUAAAAUAUUUACACAUUUAUGCCUGGAAAGAGCUGACUUAAUUUUUCUCUGUUUUAAUUGCACAUGAUAUGCUAUUUCUUUAUAACUGUUUAGCUUAUGACUGUGUCAUGUUUUUAUUAAUGACAGGACUAGCUACACAGACAGGAUUUUAUGUGUUUCUCUUGUAAACUUGGAACCAGCAUCUGGUAACCUCUUAGGGAGCAAAACCAGGGCAUUUAUGUAUUAUUUAAUAUGCAAGAAGAUGAUGUGGACAAGAUUCAGAAGUACAACCACUCCCAUUUUAUGAACCCAUGUAUGUGGCAGAUGUUAUUUUGCUGUGAUCUUUGCCAAAACUGGAUAAAAGAUGUAAUGAGACAAGUGAAAAGUUGUUUAACAUAAUACACUUUAGAACCCUACA